AUGGUCAACGCUCUCACCACGUCAUCGCUGCUUCUGGUGCUGCUCGUGACGACAACGCUUGUCGGAGCUUCAUCGGCAUGGAGCCUGUGGCCGUACAAGCAUGUCCACGUAAGCAAUGAGCUGACCACGUACAAUGGCGACCUGCACGUUCACUGCUGGUCCAGGAACGACGACAGAGGGUUCCACGAUGUGGCUGUCGGGACGGAGUUUACGUGGAGGUUCAAGCCCAACAUCUUCGGGACGACCAAGUGGAUGUGUGAGGUGUCCACCGAUGAUGGUCGUCGUGCUAGCUUCGAUUCGUAUUGGGAAGAUCUGGGCGAAGGGAGGAGGGAGCACAAGGAGAACAUUUUUUGGGUUGCGGAGGAGGACGGUGUUUAUCUUAGAAUUAUUCAAGAGAAUAGAGAUCAAUACUGGGCAAAGUGGUAA